UAAAUAUUUACUUAGGCGGUAUUUCCGAAAACAAAUUUUAAAAAUCCGAAAAUACCUUUAUUUUAUGCUCUUCAACUUCCUCUUUUCAUUAAAAUCGGCGGAGAUUAGAAAUUCCAAAUACUUUAGGAGAUAUCGAAUUUUUAAAUUUCUUCAUAUGUAGUUGAGCGGUAUUUGCGAAAAAAAAAUGUUAAAAAUCCGAAAAUACCUUUAUUAUACGCUCUUCAACUUCCUCUUUUCAUUAAAAGCGGCGGAGAUUAGAAAUUCCAAAUACUUUAGGAGAUAUCGAAUUUUUAAAUUUCAGCACAAAACCAGCGCAUUCCUGUGGCGUGCGUGCACCAUUGUUUCUUGUUUACGUACGAGUAUCUAUUUUUUUAUUGGAUAAUGAUGUCACGUGAUUGUUCGUGAUAGGCCAGAAUUCAAAUGAACUAAUACGUGAUUAUUUAGUUCAAUUAUUGUUUAAAACGGUGUUUAAUUACCGCCUCCAACUUAGGUGUUUUUAACGUUUCUAAUUUUAAAGUCUUAUUUGUUAUUUUGAUAUUGUUGCGCAAGUAAUAAGUAACAAAAAAAUUUACGUGAGUUGUUACUGUACAUCCUUUGUUACGGGUUUGUUAGGUAAGGUCAGUUACAUUAUAAAUAAUUUAAAACUAAAGAAUAAUUAAAAUUAAUUCACAUUAUUUUUAAUAUCACCUUAGUUUGAAAGCAUUUAUAAUGUAACUGACCUGACCUAAUCGACCAUUUUAGUUUACUGUUCACCCUCUGUCUGGGUUUGUUUGGUCAGGUCAGUUACAUUAUAAAUAUUUUAAAACUAAACAGCCAUUAAAACUAAUUCACAAAAUAAUUUUUAAUGUCGGCUUAGUUUGAAAGUAUUAAUAAUGUAACUGACCUGACCUAAUCAACCAUUUUAUUAAUUACGCAUUCACGAUUCACGUAUUCACGAACACACGGCAAAAUAACAAAAAUGGCGCCGCUCGAAUGGUUCCACAGGCUUGGACCAGAGGGCGCUGAUGAGAGUGUGCGACCUGAAGCACUCCGUCACGCUGCUCAGAGGCAUAAAGCAUGACAACUACAUGGACUUGAUGUUCAUCUGUAGAGGGAACGUGAAGGUGUUCGCCCAGAAGCUGGUGCUGCUCUCUGUGAGCCCCUUCUUGAAGGUGCUGCUGUCCCACAUGUCGUGCUGCCAGCACAACAUGUUCUGCGUCUCGCUUCCGGACAUCGACCCGGGUUCCCUGCAGCUGGUGCUCAACUUCCUGUACGAGGGGGUGAUGAAGGUGCGGGCAUCGGAGCUGGAAGGGUUCUCGGACGCCAUGUACGUGCUGGGGAUCGAGAUCCCGCAGACGGCCACGGCCUCCGUGGUCGAGACGCUGGACCCGAGCGAACUGCCGUCGUCGCGCUCCCGGGCGUUUGCGCCGGCGCAGAGACCGAGCCAGCCGGAGGUUAGCGAGCCGGUGGAUCCUCUCAACGUACCGGACUACUACCACGACAUGGCCGUGGCUCCCCUUGCGGCUGUGUCUUCUACAGUCGUAGUCCCAAAUUACUCUGCAAUGUUGGCGCUGAAUGGUAACCCAGGGGAGGCCGUGGGGCAGAUUCCUACCAGUAGCAGGGCCUCCAACUCAGCCCACAGCAGUACCACUAUGAUAAUACCAAAAGAAGAAAUAUUCUUCGUGAUUUCUAGCGACAUAGAUGAAAUUAUUCCAGAAGAAACAGAUUAUCCUCUUGGAUGUAAUGAUGACAUUACAUGCCAUGGGAAGUGCACUAAAAAUAUGAGUAUUCCUCACAUUAAAAUUGAAAAGAUUGAUUACGACUUCAGUGGUGACAUACUCCCAGCCAAAGGUGUUAAGUCAUGUAAUCAAAAGGGGAAAAAAUCGGCAAAGUCCAGAAGGAUUAAAAAUAUCUGUUUGGCAUUGAACAAAAUCCAGGAAAUGACAUCCAAUAAACUCCUGGAAUCAACUGACAUGAGUGACACUGGCUCCACUAGAAACCUUCGACAGAGGAACUGGACACAACCCGUUAGUAUUUAUGAGAUCCACAAUAGGAAGCGACUUACAAAACAGCAGUACCAGGAACUGGAGAUAGCUUUCAAAAACAAUAACUACCUUAGCAAAGAAAAACGCAAAGAUCUAGCUACAAGAAUAAACAUGACUGCACACAAAGUUGAUGUGUGGUUUAAAAAUAGACGCAAGAAGCAACAAAAAAAUAUUUUCCGGAGCAAAAGAGUGAGCUAUGGUACACCCAGCAAUAGCUCUUGAUGUGUUUACUGACUCACUGUGACACUAUGAAUAUUUUUAAUACUAGAGUUAUUAUACACUUUAUAAAUAUUAUCUAAAACCUUUGUCAAACAAUUUUCACCAUGAAGGGGUGAGCAAAUUGAGUUUACAGCAUUUUUGAUAGCCAUUGUAAGAAAUUGUAUUCAAAAAAAGGUGCAUGUGUAAUUUUUAUUAUUAUUAUUUAAAAAAAGUGAUGAUGACUUCGUCCAGGGGUCCUAUGUUUGAAACACUCGGCUUUCAGUUGUAUGCGAGCUUAACUAGAUCUGUGAACUUGCACACUAGACCAUUCUCAGCAAAGUCAGAAUGUUGGAACGAUACUUUUCCUUAUUUGGUUUCACCACUAGUUUUUGAGAUGAUGAUGUCAUAUGCAGCUCAUGUGUGCCAAAUAAAUUUUGCUUUCAUGUUGUACCUAGUAUGUUUUCACAGCGAGGCGAGCAUCUUUUAUUUCUCGCAUGUUGCCCUAUGAUUGUUGGUUGCAUGUUUUCUUCCACCUCAUUCUUCAUUUACAAAUACUGUGACUAUAAUUAUUUAAUUUUAUGCUGCAACUAAAAAUAAAAGGAAAGAAAGAUUCCACCAUUAAGUUUUGAGGCCGAAUGUUUUUAAUAUAUAAGCUUUAAGGUGUUUCUGUAGUGACUAUGAACAUUUACGCUUCUAACGUUAUUUCAGUGUCACCUUUUGUAGGUUAGGUAGUUCAGGUGCGUAAAAAAAAUGCUGUCUGUUUUAUAUACAUAUAUUACUUAUUUUAUAAAUGAGAAUCAACUUUAAAAUUCAAUAACUAUAACACUUAAGCAUAAUUAUGUAGAAACACACAAUAAAAAAAUUCACAAAGGGUAUUUAUAAGACUGUGGCUGACCUAACCUACACAAAUGUGACCUACAGUGGGUGGAUCACAGGAGACAACUACAAAUUAUUAUAACUAAUGCCUCUCUACAAGAAUACAAAAAAUACGUAAAUCAAUCCAGAUAAAAUAAUUUAUAUAAUAAUUUGCCCUGGUAAUUCUUUGUAUAAUAACGCACACACACACAACCGAUAAAUAAUAAGUUCACAGAAUGGCUCACAGCAUUCAUUUACAUUCUUGAUCUAACUAUUACAACCUAACUGACCACUACAAAUCCAACCAAUUCCUCCCUACAAGAGUAAAAAAAAAAAUGAUAACAUCAAUAGUUUAGUAAAGAAUAAUAAGCAGUAUUCCAAAAUACCAUUUUCAGAAUUUUAUCACGUGUUACUCAGAAACCGCUACACUAAAAAAUUACCAAAAGUAGGUCUACAGAUAAGAUUUCAUUCAGCAAACGACUAAAAUAAUGUAAAUGUAUAUCUAUAAGGUGAAAUAUAAAUAUCAUAUUAAAAAUUACAUGUUGGUCACACAAGAGAAUUAAGUUUAUGCCAUAAGGAUUUAAAUGCAAUGAACGAAAAAGUGUUAUGCUUGUAAAUUGUAUAUCGUAGAUCUCAGAUUGUAGAUAACAUUCCUAGCACAAUUUCUACUCAUACUAAAUAGUUUAACAAAUUUUCGUGCUUAAAUGACUAACAUGUAGUAAUGCUAUUUAUAUCUAUACUAGCAACCCGCCCCAACUUCGCACGGGUGCAAUGCUGAUACUAAAUAUACUACGCUAUUUAUAGGCACGCGCCGCCGGCCCCCCGGCCCAGUACCGCCGCAACCGCUAUGUCCCUGCAUUUUAAAUCUGUAAUAUCUUUGAAAAUAUUCAUUUAAAUUACAUGCUGUACAGGGCCAUAUUGAUCUAUAUUAAAUGCACAAUGUAUUUAAGGUACUUAAUUGGAUAAGGAUUAAUGUUGUAUUGCUUAAAAUCACUUCGUAAAUAAGCCAUUAUUUCUCAUAAAAAGUAAAGGAUAAAAAAUUGUUAUUGUGAAAUAGAUAGACAUAUACCAUAGCGGACUUUUUUUGUAGACCUUUUUAAGGUGUAAAAUACUGUAGUACAUUAUUUUGAUCUAUCACAUAGCCGGAUAACAUAGGGUUCAGCCAGCGUUUGCAAUGUAAGCGCAAAAUAAUGUGUUUAUUUACAUCACAUUAGAAACCUCUAAAAUUAUCAGUGUUUCUCUACUAUAUUAUGCAUGUAUUAUACAUAUAAACCUUCCUCUUGAAUCACUCUUAAAAAAAACACAUCAAAAUCCGUUGCGUAUUUUUAAAGAUCUAAGCAUACAUAGGGACAGACAGACAGCGGGAAGCGACUUUGUUUUAUACUAUGUAAGGAUUUUGGAAACGGUGCUCUUUAUUCCACAUAUGAAACGGCCAACCCGAAGUCCAUACACGACCAGACUCAAAUGGUUUGAGCAUACUAAUACUGCAUUUUGUUUGCGAUAAUACCAUGUGACUUCCAAAUUAUGUGCGAGUAAAACCUCAAACAUGGGGUCCCAGGGUCUGUGCCCCUUGAGAAGUCUGAUGCAGCUCCUGAAAUCACCACUCUUUCGUCUUCCUCCUCCCCCUCCCCUUUUUCCAUCUCUCUUUUCUUUUCAGCCAUCUGUGUGUGCCACGAGUCAAUGCUCAUACCCCUAACCAGAGUUAAAUAUAAUAGUAAUGUUUCUAUUUUCACUAUGUUAUCAGCAGACACUGGAACAUAUUCAAAACUUAUUUUAACUAGUUAAAUGCAAUGGCAGCAACAACAGACAUGAACCCAUUCGAGGGUAGCAGUGUGUACUUGAAGCAGCAAUACUUAAUUUCAUGUAACAUUUAAUUAAUUAAGAAUUAUUAUUGUAAUAUAUCACAUAGGAUAAUUUGCAGAUUGUAAUUGUGUAAUAAUCUCUUUAUCGCUUGCAGUAUGAAUUUAAAUUAGCACCAGUGGUCACUGUGUGGCUUUCCUUUAGUACAAUGCUAAGUUCUAAUGUAAAACAUUUAUAAUUAAUCAAUUAUUGAACAGUAUAUAUUUUUAUAUCAAAUAAAGGGCAGUGAAAUCAGCAUAUUUAUAGCAAGAACAAGGAAUUGAGAUGGCAUGCUCCUUUUGUCCACACCAAGAAUUCUGGUGUAAUAGUUUUCUUCUUCGUGCUGUGAA